AUGGGGCGCAGUGGGCGAGGCGGAGAAGUGACGGUUCGGCAUGGAAUGGCUACCGCCUCCGUGGCGAACGUGGAGGAGGUUGCUACCUUCAUGAGGCUCCUGCUGAGCGCGAGCGGGGAGCAGGUGGGCCUCUACAAGGCGGCGGACGAGAGGGCGCCGGCCUGGGCAGUGCGGCCCAGCUCUUGGUGGGAGCGGCGGCGGAGCUCGUCACGCUCAUCGGCGUCGCCACUUUGGCUUCCGGCCUGGCGGCGGCGCGCGCGAAGGGCGCGCGCCAACCCGCCCGUUUGGAGCGCAGCCCGCGCUCCCUGGACGCCGCUGCGGGGUUUCUGCGGCACCCUGGGCGAGCUGAGGGCGUGUUGGCGGAGGCUCGCGAGUGGCUCGCGGUGCGUAGCAACCCUCGCGUUGGUACGUAAAGAUAUCGCGCUCGAGGGCCACCCCAACGACACCUCAGGCUACGGCACCGAGGACGAAGCCGAGGUGGACAAGCUGCAGGCGCAGGAGCCGCAGCCCUUCAUCGCGCAGGGCGGCACCAGCGUCAAGUACGAGUCGGAGGAGCUGCAUCAGAUCAAGGUCGAGGCGAAGUACGGCCCCGAGAAUUACUGCUGCACCCUCCGCGACAGCAUGCAGGAAGAGAAUGUGCAAGACAGGCAUUGGGUCAGCUCGUGCUUCAUCGGCGAAUCCGAGGACCUGUAG